AUGUACUGCCGUUCAUCUAUAAACCCACUGCUCUCGCCAUCGUUGCUCCCUCUCGCCAUCGUUGCUCCCUCUCGCCAUCGUUGCUCCCUCUCGCCAUCGUUGCUCCCUCUCGCCAUCGUUGCUCCCUCUCGCCAUCGUUGCUCCCUCUCGCCAUCGCUGCUCCCUCUCGCCAUCGUUGCUCCCUCUCGCCAUCGUUGCUCCCUCUCGCCAUCGCUGCUCCCUCUCGCCGUCGCUGCUCCCUCUUGCCAUCGUUGCUCCCUCUCGCCAUCGUUGCUCCCUCUCGCCAUCGUUGCUCCCUCUUGCCAUCGCUGCUCCCUCUUGCCAUCGCUGCUCCCUCUCGCCAUCGUUGCUCCCUCUUGCCAUCGCUGCUCCCUCUCGCCAUCGCUGCUCCCUCUCGCCAUCGUUGCUCCCUCUCGCCAUCGUUGCUCCCUCUCGCCAUCGUUGCUCCCUCUCGCCAUCGUUGCUCCCUCUCGCCCUGUCCCUGUUUGCGUGCAUCUGAACCUCAACUACCUCACGGGAGGCAUACCAGACACCUUCUCCAACCUCGUCAACAUGCAGAAAUUCUAUGUACCCAGCAAUCUGCUCAACUCCACUUUCCCCACUGUAGUCUGCACCAUGACCAACCUGCGCCAGCUGCGCCUGAGCGCCAAUCGCUUCACAGGGCCCGUGUCAAGCUGCCUCGGCCGGCUCAAGAACCUCAACUACAUGUACAUCGACACGAACAAGUUUGACGGCGUGCUGCCAUCCAGCAUCGGCACCAUCAUGCCGCUCACCAACCUCUUCAUCAAUCAGAACAGCUUCAUCGGUCCACUCCCCAUCACCCUCACGCGUCUCACCAACCUCAACAUCCUCUUCAUAAGCAGCAACCCCUAUCUGCAAAGCACUCUGCCGGCCAACCUGGGCAACAUGAAGAGCCUUACCGACCUGGUGUCUGAGUUUGCCCCUCUCAACGGCACCAUCCCUGCAACCAUCUCCAAGCUCACCAAACUCUCACGCAUUCUGUUGGACAACGGUCAGCUCACGGGCACCAUCCCGGACGGCAUCAGCCGUCUCAAAGAGCUCACCGUGCUAAUAUUAUCUUCACACCAUAUUCACUCACUCGCCUGCCACCUUCCCGCCACCCACUCCCGCCUUCCCGCCACCCACUCCCGCCUUCCCACCACCCACUCCCGCCUUCCCGCCACCCACUCCCGCCUUCCCGCCACCCACUCCCGCCUUCCCGCCACCCACUCCCGCCUUCCCGCCACCCACUCCCGCCUUCCUGCCACCCACUCCCGCCUUCCCACCACCCACUCCCGCCUUCCUGCUGCCCACUCCCGCCUUCCUGCUGCCCACUCCCGCCUUCCUGCUGCCCACUCCCGCCUUCCUGCUGCCCUCUCCCGCCUUCCUGCUGCCCUCUCCCGCCUUCCUGCUGCCCUCUCCCGCUUCUCCAAUGCUCUCCCACCUUCUCCAACGCUCUUCUGCCUUCCCACCUCGCAGCUACCUGGACAGCAACGCUUAUCUACCUGGAGAGCAACGAUCUCUCUGGCUCCCUCCCUCGAGGCAUCCUCUCUCUGCCCAAACUAA